CGCUCCGGUUGUCUCUGCUUUUGAGAAGAAAGACAGAAAAACAGACUGAGAAAGAGUGUCACACAGUGCCUGUAUAUCUUUACACUACACUGUACAUUACUAGUGUGUGUUCUUUUCAUCUUUAGGGUUUCUCAACUCUUACUUACCCUGCUUUUCCCACUAUUUGUUUUUCGUUUUCCUCUUCUCUUAAGUCUCCUUCUUUCCCAUUUUCUUUCUCCAUAUCGCACUAAAGCCUUUUUUAUUUUGGUCAUUCCCCCCACCAUUUUCAUUUUCCUUUAUUUUUGUCUCUGUUCUCAAAAGGGUUUGAUUCCCUUUUAAGAACGACCUCGGAUUCUCGUGGAAGUUUUUGUCUUUGUCUUGUUCUGUAGUGUGUUUUCAGUUUUCAAGUUUUGACCUUCCCCGACUUCAGUAUAUAGUUCGUGUGGCUUCAAUCUUGGAAGUUAGCACCACUGUGAAAAUGACAAGCACCAAACUGGAGUUGCAUGUCGGGAUUUUUGUCACCUGCGUCGUGAUUCUCGCAGGGACCUUCUGUGUUGGAGAUACUGAUGUGGUUGAUGUUGGUGCAAUCAAUAGUCUAUAUGUUUCUCUGGGGUCGCCACCACUUCAAGGGUGGAAAUCCGUGGGAGGAGAUCCAUGUUUAGAACUGUGGCAAGGUGUCGCUUGUGUCUUCUCCAACAUAACUGCUAUACACCUUGGAAGCAUGAAUUUGGGUGGACAGCUGGGCAGCAAUUUGAAUUUCCCAUCCAUUUUAGAACUGGAUCUUAGUAACAACCACAUUGAAGGGCCUAUUCCAUUUACUUUGCCCCCUACUCUGCGGAGCUUGUCUCUCUCAGGAAAUCGAUUAAAUGGAAGCAUUCCAGAUGCCUUGUCCUUAUUAACUCAGCUGUCAAACUUGGAUUUGUCGAAUAAUAACUUGAGUGGUCAGCUGCCUUCCUCAACAGGGAGUUUAUCAUCUCUUACCACAUUGCACUUGCAGAAUAAUCAACUUUCCGGGACCCUUUACGUGUUGCAAGACCUGCCUCUUCAAGACCUGGAUAUAGAGAACAAUUUAUUCUCUGGGCCAAUUCCUCCAAAAUUGUUGUCUAUCCCUAAUUUCAGUAAAAAUGGGAAUCCCUUUAAUACUACUAUCAUUCCAUCACCUCCUCUUGCAGCCCCUGCACCAGUAGCUAUGGUUCCAUCCCCCCGAGAAUCGCCUUGGACAGUGGCAUAUGGUCCUUCUGCCCUGACAGCACGAGUGCCUGCAAGUGCUAGGAGGUCUUUUAUGGCUAAGAGUAUCAUCUGGAUUGCUGGUGCAGGUCUUUUUGUAUUCAUUGUUUUGGGAGUUUGUCUUCUAAUGUUGUGUUGCAUUAAGAGGAGGCCGCAGAAGAAAAAUGCUAAGAAACUUGAUGAUGUGGGCGUGUUUGGGGGACCUUUGAAUAAAUCUGCAUGCAAUGAUUAUGUUUUUGGAGCAACUAAUCAAGAGGAGAAGGGUAAAUGUGAAGUACCAAAUAGGAGCACAAAUUCGAGUCCUAAGGUUCAAGAGGAAGGAGACAUAUAUGUGAAAGUAGUAUCUGCAACUUCAGAAUGCAAUAGUGGUCAUCAAUCAAUGAACACUGGAGGGGGUUCCAAACUUUCACCCCUGCAGCCACCACCAAAACACUCUUUCCCAACCAUUUCUGGUGAGAAGAUCACUAUUAAUCCGGCUAUAACUACCAAAGAAGCUGAAAAACAAGUUAUGACAAAUUCCAUCAAAGUUUAUACUGUUGCAUUGCUUCAACAAUAUACAAAUAACUUUUCCCAAGAAAACUGCAUUGGGGAAGGCACACUAGGGCCUGUUUAUCGGGCUGAACUACCUGAUGGAAAGCUAUUGGCAGUGAGGAAACUGGAUGCUACUGCUUCGAUGGGGCAGAGUCAUGAGCAAUUUCUUCAAUUGGUAUCCAGCAUCUCCAAUAUUCAGCAUGCAAAUAUUGCAAGACUUGUAGGCUACUGUGUUGAACAUAGCCAACGACUACUUGUGUACGAGUAUUGCAGUAAUGGGACCCUACAUAAUGUAUUGCAUGGGGAUGAUAAUCAGCGAAUCAAACUUCCAUGGAAUGCACGCAUUCGAGUGGCACUCGGAGCUGCCAGAGCUUUAGAGUACCUGCACGAGAACUUUAGGCCACCUAUUGUGCAUCGAAAUUUUAGGUCUAAUAAUGUUCUUCUGAAUGACAAUUUGGAAGUGUGCAUAUCUGAUUGUGGAUUAGGGCCAUUGUUGUCAUCUGGCUCUACGGGUCAGUUAUCAGGGCGCCUCCUUACUGCUUAUGGUUACAGUGCCCCAGAAUUUGAGUCUGGAAGUUAUACACAGCAAAGUGAUGUCUUCAGUUUUGGUGUUGUAAUGUUAGAACUCCUUACUGGACGAAAAUCUCAUGACAAGUCACGGCCUCGUGCAGAGCAAUUUUUAGUCAGAUGGGCUGUCCCUCAACUCCAUGACAUUGAUACAUUGUCAAAAAUGGUUGAUCCCUGCUUGAGCGGAGCCUAUCCUAUGAAGUCCUUGUCGCGUUUUGCAGAUAUUGUUUCUUCAUGUCUACAGCGUGAACCUGAGUUCCGACCUGCAAUGUCGGAAAUUGUUCAAGAUCUCUUGCGAAUGAUGUAAAAAAACGUAGCUACCUAUGAAAAGAUGAAUUCCCUUGGCCAAGAAGUGUGCUGAUGAUAAACCUUGGAUCCUAGAUCUUGUCUAUUUUCUAUAUUAAUUUUGUGAGCCAAAUAUUUUUUACCUUGUGUUGAAAAUGUGCUUACUAGUGUAAUUAUGAGUUAGCAGCAAUAUUGUGCAAUAGUUUAAGCUUCAGUGUUCAGUUUUAGUUACUAAGAUGAAUUAUGUUAAUAGUCUAAUAUGUUAUAUGGGCUCAGAUUCACGAAAGUGUGAUCCAUCAUUGUCCAUGGUGUUGUAGACACUAUGAUUUUCGGCUUAUGUAUCAUGUGUAAAGCAUGAACUCACUGUGAUCACCCUUUUAGAGACUAAUAUUUUUUUUUUUUCAUUUUGUUU